AUGGGACUAUGUGCUAGCAAAUCUGAUCAACAGGCUUCUGCCAAACCUAAAACUGCUACCACAGCACGGACCAAGGUUACUACUACUAAGCAUGCUACCAAGCACGACACUAAACCAGUGAAUAAAGCAGAACUUAAACCACUUCGAACCGGUGGAGGCCAGAAGAUAAAUGACGAUGAUGAAAACAAAAGCAAGCUAUCACCUCAAGAGGCAGCCAGACUAGCUGCAGAGAAGAGAUUAGAGGAUAACAAUGCCAAAUCAACACGAGGUGCUUUAGGUAAGAAACUCGCAGAGGAGAGAAGUAAAUCUCAUAAGUCCCAUAUGAUGGAACAGAUAGAUAAACGUCAACUGGAAAAAGCCAACGACGAAUUGGUAUAUGAUUAG